CGCGGUGCGGAGCGCGGGCCGGGGCGGAGCCGCGUUCCCCCCGCCCCCGCGGCGCUGCCAUUGGCGGCGGGGCCGGGCCGGGCCGGGGGAGGCGGCGGUGGCCGGUACAGCCCGGGGUGUCCCCCGUACCCCCCCCCCCCCCCCCCGGCACGGCCCCGGUAUGUCGCGGAAGAAGGCGGCUCGCAGCAAGGGCGGCGGCGCCGCUCCCUCCGCCGCGCUGCCCCCCGCCGCCCAGGGGCCCGGCCGCGCCGCCGCCCCCCCCCGGGGCUCCGCGCCCGCCCCCGAGCUGCCCCGUAACGGCGGCGCGGCGGGGGGGCGGCCCUCGCUCAGCAGCAGCGGCGAGUUCUACGAUCUCGCUUUCAAGGUGAUGCUGGUGGGCGACUCGGGGGUCGGCAAAACCUGCUUGCUGGUGCGGUUCAAAGACGGCGCUUUCCUCGCCGGCAGCUUCAUUUCCACGGUUGGAAUCGACUUCAGGAAUAAGGUGCUGACGGUGGAUGGGGUGAAGGUGAAGCUGCAGAUCUGGGACACGGCCGGGCAGGAGCGCUUCCGCAGCGUCACCCAUGCCUACUACCGGGAUGCCCAUGCCCUGCUCCUGCUCUACGAUGUCACCAACAAAGCGUCGUUCGACAACAUCCAGGCUUGGCUGACAGAGAUUCAUGAAUACGCGCAGCAAGACGUGGUCCUGAUGUUACUGGGAAACAAGGUGGAUUCAGCCCAGGACAGAGUGGUGAAAAGGGAAGAUGGAGAAAAAUUAGCCAAGGAGUAUGGAGUGCCCUUCAUGGAGACCAGCGCAAAAAGUGGCCUCAAUGUUGAAUUAGCGUUCACAGCCAUUGCAAAAGAACUGAAGCACAGGUCCAUGAAGUUGCCCAACGAGCCCAAAUUCAAGCUCCACGACUACGUGAAGAAGGAAGUGAGAGGCUCGGGCUGCUGCAGGUCCUAAUGUGCUCGGUGCAUUUGUACAGAGACUCAUGCCAAGUGUUUGUGCGCCGCGCUCUCUCCUCGUGGACAAUGUGUGCAUGUCUGUCUGUCGUGUCUGUGUCUGCCCCAAAGGUGAGCCGAGAGACAUGGGGGAUGGAAGCAGCAGCAGCAAAAGCUCUCUCAGAUGGGACAGGCGCUGCUCCCCGAGCCCUCCGCCUUCCCUCGCAGCCGCUCGGCCCCUCGCGGGCGGGAGGUGGGUGUUUGGGAAGGGACCGGGGGGGCCGGGGCAGUCGGUAGACGCGGCUGCCUCCACCCAUUCAGCAGCAGCCAGAAGCCUUAUGAGGCUUCUUUAAGGUUAGUAAGAAUUACGGUGUGAGUAAGGGGAACAAAUGCUUCUCCCCACCAAUCCGGGUAGGAAAAAGUCCCAAAUUCCCUUUUCUUUCCCCGCGUCCCUGGAAUUCAGCCGUUCAGAGCCCUGGCCUGGGCACACAGGAAAGACUUGUUUUCGAGGCAACCAUUUUUGUAGUUGCUUACUUCUGUCUGUCCAUCUCUCAUGUGGUGUAACACACCUCCUCGAAGAAGGUUUCUCCUCUUCCCCGCAGAAGACAAGAGCUUAGCUGUCUGUCUGAGUAAGCUCCUGCUACCCUUCUGUUGUACAGAGAUCUCCUGAAGGUUUAUCUGUUCGGUAAAGGCUUUGGUUCUCUUACUUCUGCCGUUUCUAGUACUUUAAUUCAGAAGAAAUCUAAUCUAUUGCAGCUUAUUCUAAAUGCCUUCAUGUAAGUGUGAUAGCGUUUUUAGACUGCAACAAUGCUUUGAUAUCUUCAAAGUUCUCUUGGGACAGCUCUUUCUUUUAACUGAAGAAAGCUGGAGGGAACGCUGGAGGCAUUGGUUUUACAGGUUUCAGACUCUCCUGCCAGCUCUCUUCAAUGGACUCCUCACUCCUUUGGUCUGUGUCAGGCAUUUGGCUUUUUUUUUUUUUUAAAAAAAAAAAAAAAAAGCUGCACUUUUAAGUACAAAUUUGAAUUUGGAUCAAGUAUUUGGCCUUUGGCAGUCUUCUCAUUUGAAAAAAAAAAAAAAAUUUCUCAUUCCACGUGCAUGACACCAGGUGCCCGCUGCACUGAACCUCCCCACACUGCCCUAAAUGAACCACUUGAAAAUAAAAUAACCCAUCCUUCGCUCUCGAGCCGCCCCUGCCCCAUGUUUUGCUGGGGGUGUUGGUUCCAGCACUGCACAAAGACCCUCCGCAGCUACCGCCUGCGAUUCAGGCAGGCAGGGACUCCUCAGAGCUACAGUAAAAUGAGAAGCUGCUGCUCAGUGGGUCCUGCGCAGGAAAAGUAUGAAAAAGGAUCCUAAAAGCUGGGACUUCCUCUGAAAUAAGUAGGACAACUCUCUUCACCUUUACGUGCUCUGAAAGGUGGGAAUGCCCGCUACAAGCGUGCUUUUGAGAUUUGUUCACAGGUAGCAACAGGACACGGGGAAGGCUCUGAAAGUUGCUCGGGCACUCUCAAGAAGCGUGCGGGGAUCUGGAAAACUCAGUGUUUCCCGCUGCUUUGGUGAGCUUCGCUGUGCUCCCGUGGCUGCUGCCUGAGCAGCGUCUCCUACACGAAGCCGCUUAUCUUCCAGCCACCUCCAUUCUCAUGCUGGGCUGUGUAGCAGACGCUUGCUGGCUGAGGUGAAGAGGGAAAAAAAAAAAAAAAAAAAAAAAGGAUUAGGAUUUUCUGCAAUCCCUGAGUUUGCAAGGUACCAGUGGUGGCAUCCCAGCUGCGCAGGGAAGGGCAGAGGCACAGAGCGGUGGUCGGGCAGCCCCAGUACCUGCCCUGUGCCCAGGUCUUGCCUUCAGCUCUUUAUUUUCUCAGCCUGACCUUAGCGGUGCAGCAGCAGCCCCUGCCCCGAGGUGCCAGGCGCUGCACGGCCACGCUACCCCAGAAGCUCCAGUCUAAAAGGCAAAAAUAAGCAGCAGUAGUCUUAAUGUUCCCAGCAGGUUGCUGCCUCCCCUCUUCCUCGCAGGGCAGGAGAGCCUUGCAUCUUGCUGUCUUGGAAGAAAAAGCCGACAACUGUUAACUUACUACAUGUGCGGGACCAAACCCCAUUAAAAAACUGAUUUAAAUAAGGCAGAUGUAAACGCUGCCCCUUGGAAUACUUUAAAUAUGCCCAUCAGGAGCUAGCUCUGCUACAGCAGAGACAUCACGACUGCUUUUGUGGUAUUAGACCUAAACUUUAAGCCAGACUCAGCCCCCAGUCACAAGUUCCUGCUGUAGGACUGGUCUCCCCAAGACUGCACUGACCUGGCCCUUAAGCGCCUCCUCAGACCGGUAUUUGUCAUCUUCUCACAUGGGUCUUUACUGCCACCAAGCGAUAAAGAAUUGAUUGUUCAGUGCAUUCAAACAAGCCAGAGGACUCGGCAUUACAUGCAACUUCUCAUUUUUGCUGGCUCUUGUUUACAGCUUUUGUUUCAUUCCCGUUAAUAAAUUUUUUUAAUAAUC